AUGGUGUUGCCAUCGCUUGGCAUUGGAUCCCUUUCUUCCAGGGAUGCUGAAGGGAGAACCAACAUCUCAGCAGGAGACAAGGAGGGCCAUAAAUUAUUACAACCAGCAGACAAAACUCUGAAGACAAUGGCAAUAGAGUUUGCUGAGUAUCAGGUCUGUGUUGAUGUCUUCAUCACUACUCAAACUUAUGUAGACAUUGCUUCCAUUUCUGUCAUCCCAAGAACUACUGGAGGGCAGGUUUAUUACUAUUACCCCUUCUCAGCUUUGUCUGAUCCUGCCAAGCUUUGCAAUGAUCUGAGAUGGAAUGUCACCAGGCCCCAAGGUUUUGAAGCCGUCAUGCGAGUGAGAUGCAGUCAGGGUAUUCAAGUACAAGAGUACUCAGGAAACUUCUGCAAACGCAUUCCAACUGACAUUGACUUACCUGGGAUUGACUGUGACAAAACCAUAAUAGCAACACUAAAGCACGAUGGCAAGUUGCAGGAAGGCUCAGAAUGUGCCUUUCAGUGUGCCCUUCUUUACACCACUCUGUAUGGACAAAGAAGAAUUCGAGUUAUAACUUUAUCCUUACCUUGCACAAAUAAGAUCAGUGAUUUGUUUCGCUUUGCUGACCUUGAAACCCAAUUUGCUUAUUCCUUGAAACAAGCUGCAAGUGAAAUUCCCUCCAGACCACUAUCAAAUGUCAGGGAGCAAGUGAUAAGCCUUUGUGUUAAUAUUCUGCUUUCAUAUCGUAAAUUUUGUGCUACUGUAUCGUCAUCAGGCCAACUUAUUCUUCCAGAGGCACUUAAGUUUCUCCCUUUAUACUCUCUAGCAUUAAUUAAAAGUACAGGAUUGCGUACUGAUGGGAGAAUAGAUGAUCGUUCUUUUUGGAUCAGCUAUGUUUCCUUCCUUUCUACUUCUUUGGUAGUUCCAUUGGUGUAUCCCAGGAUGGUGGCUAUUUAUGACCUUAAUUCGAAGGAAGGGGAAGAAUCUCUUAUUCCUCCUGUUAUUGCACCUUCCAGCGAACAUGCGAGGGAUGAGAGAAUCUACUUUCUCGAGAAUGGCGAUGAAGGUAUAAUAUGUGUUGGGAACUCUGUGGAUUCGAAUAUCUUGCAGCAACUUUUCGGCGUUUCCUCUAUUGAUGAAUUCCCUACUCAGCAGUUGAACAAUCCAUUAUCAAAGAAGUUAAACGAUGUAAUAAAUGAGAUACGAUGCCAAAGAAGUUCCUACCUGCACUUGAAAUUAUGCAAGAAAGGAGAUCCAUCUGGUCAGUGUACUAGAGCAAGCCAUUUAUGCACAUUUUGUUUACAAGCAAUCCUUUGCCAUCUGGGCAUACCUGAAGGUCAAUGCAAAGACAGGAGAAUCGGAAGACAAGUCGAUUCAGUUUAUGUACAUGGCGGCAAAUUUGAAGGUAUCACUAUUGCUAACAUGCUUCAGUUGCAUUUAUCUUCUCGUUGGCGCGCAGGAGCUGAAAAAGCAGAGAAAUAUCAGCUUCAUGUAUAUGCCUCUGGAAUUUGCUCCAUUGAAUAA